AUGGACCCCCUUUUACUUUCCAGGGAAGAGUUGGAGGAGGCACAACGCGCAAUAAAGCGGAGAAGGGAUACGAUUCGGACUGCCACAACGGAACGUAUCCAGACUGAGCUUCAGCCUACCGGAAGCGGUAGUUUAGCAAAAAGAACCGUCCCAAACUCUAUUCCAGAUAAGGAAAAGGCGGAGAGCAACUCGGGUGUUGUGAAAAAAUUGAAGGAAGAGCUACGUCGGCGUACGGAAGAGUUAGAAAACUCAGUAAAUGAGCAGCGACGGGCAAGGGAGGAGUACAAGCGUCUGAAGUCCGUCUUUGAGUCAUUUGUUGUUGAGGUUUGCGAGCGUGAAGAGGCGUACAAAAUUGUUUUUUCCAAGGCUUAUGAAGAAGUUGAAAAGCACAAGAAGCAUUGUGAAGGUUUGCAACGCCAGCUUGAGGAGCGGUCAUCUACUACCACAGUAGCUGCUACCGUGCAAGUGCCUGUAGCCGACACCACCACUCCACCCGUUGCCGUUGGUUCAAGGACUUUGCACGAGAUCAUUGAUCAAUUCCGCACCAUGAUCGAUGAACUCGAAUGCCGGGUGGGGUGCCAUGGAAGUGAUGACAACCAAAGCCGUGUGGCUGCCACAGACAUUAGCAAUCCCGACAAACAUAGGCGUAGUGCUGCCACGGGUACACGUAACCGAGCCGAGCAAAAGCAAAAGCAGCAGGUCAGUGAGGGUAAACACCAGCUACAACCACAUGGCCAGAAUGAUCAGCCGAAGGAGGAAGUGGUUGGGGUCGUUUCCGGCUCGGUGGUUCCCGCCCGAGGCGCAGCGGUGUUGAGCAGACCGCAAGCCCCGGUGGCGCGAAGUGCCGUUUCUGCCCCCAAGAAACGAAGAGCGGCGAAAAGUGAAUCAGCGGCUGCUGUUAAGCGUGCCGCUGCGGAGAAGUGUAAUCAAGCAAGUACCUCCUCACUUUUCACAAGCUUUUCAACUUUGUCGGAGCGACCGAAGAAGUCAGAGGUGAAUUUUGGCAGUGAGCCCAUUGAGGAUUACUUGGCUCUACUAAAGAAAACAGACUUGAGCAAAGUUGAUGUUCUUCGUCGGGAAUUGAUGAACUUUUGCAACUCGGAUGUUAAUGUUGUUGCGACUUAUGUGGUGGAACACUUUCUAAGAAAGGCUCUGUUAACCCCCCCUAUGACCGCGCUGUGGAAUGAAACUGUUGAAGCCAUGCACAUUGAUGUCGACGUUUUUCCCGCAUUUGUUCGGCUCGUUGUUCGCAAGCUCGUCCACCUUCUAGGGCCAGACACCGCGGUGUCGGCGGGAAAUACUUUGGAUCACAGCCCACAGCUCCAACGCUUGUCGCUUGUGCUGCGUCUAGCUUGUGUCGUCCGGCUGCGUGAGACCGAGAGCGGUGGAGAUGCACUCUUUUUUGCCUUUUACGAGUCCACGAUAAGCGCCUUACGGAGCUGGCGUCUCUCAAGCACCGCGGAGGGUCAGCGAGACGUGCUGAAAUUAUGGAUGAUUGCGGUGCGACACCUCUAUGGAUUUGUAGAGGACUUCCACAUGUUGACGCGGUACUACGCUAAUACCGAUGGUGUGAUGGAGGCGUUGACUCUUCCGAAGUUGCUUACCUGCUACGCAGUGCGGGCUGUUAUGGGUAACUGCUACUUCAUUCCGUCUGCGCAGCCGUCACUGGUGGAGGUAGAAGCCGAUGUGCAGCUUUGGACUACCUUUUGUGACGCUAUGGAUUGGAGCGGGAGUGAGCUGCCCAUUGACGGUAUCGGCGCUGCUGCCGUUAACAUUCUUUCGCAUAGCACUGACGAACGCAGUCGCGGUGAGGCGCUCCUCUCCUUGCGCCUGCUAGUUCUCCAGAAGGGCUUUGGGUUCUUGCAAUCUCUAACAGAGCGGUUGCGUGUUGCUAGUGGUGAUGUAGACGUCGACGAGGCUUUCGCAGAACUGUUUAGCCUCGCUGUUGUUGAUCUACAGUUAGAAGACCCUCUGGACGAUCAAUGGGAUCGAGCGAUGUCGUUUUUCAUGGAUUACCUGUACAACUGCUCUGUUGAGCAAGUGAACUCCGUGGAAGAGUUGCUCACUGGCUGCAAGGAAGCCCACCUGCUUGUGCUGCGCGCCGUGUUCCAGUUGUGCAGUGGUACUGGAGCGCUGGCAGAGCAACGGGUUGAGCAUGCAACCAGAGCUCUGCGGUGGCUGAAGGCGCUUCGAGUUGGUCUUGACCGCUCCGCGCGUGGAGUUGCUUCAUCACCGUUGACUUCUGUGUCUAAAGGUCAUCUACUUGACCGGACGUCGCUCGGGAAAGAUCUAGUUUAUCUUUGCCGACAUGACUUGUAG